AUGCCUCAUAAAAAACCUUCAGCUGAUCUUUAUCAUCCAAUUGGUUAUGGAGAUAAUGAACAACAUCUUGGCACGAAAAAAGUAGUUGAAAAUAAAGAAACUACAGGACCACAAGCUGGACUUGGUGGUGAAAAAGGAAGUAAAAUAUGUGGUCAAGCUGGUCCAGAACUACUAGGAGGGUCUGCAAGUACACGCAUUCUUGGUCAAUCUGUCGAUGAACAGUUAAAGAAACCAUUACCACCAAGUAGUGAACAAUAA